CUUCCUAGGGUUAAGUCCCUGAGACCGACAUCUACAGACCAGUGGAGAACUAUAAUCAGGUGAAUGAGAUCCCUGGUGUGGUGAUCUUCCGCUCCUCUGCGACUCUCUACUUUGCCAACGCGGAGAUGUACCAAGACGCCCUGGCAGAGAAGAGUGGGAUUGACAUCACCAAGCUCAUCUCCCAAAAGAAGAAAGCAGAGGCCAAGAGACUGAGGAAGGAAAAGAAAGAGGCCAGGAAAGCCAAGAAGGACGCAAAGAAGAAUGGACAGGAAUGGGAAGGCGAGCCAGACAGUUCGGAGAACGAGGUGGAGAAGGGUGUGGCCACAGUGGAGGAAGGGAGUAAACCUGACUCCACCCUUCCUCGUGCCAUCAUCCUGGAACUGAGUCCAGUCAACUUCCUGGAUACCGUGGGCGUCAAGACUCUACGCAAUAUCCAAAGAGACUACGGUGAUAUCGGUGUAGAGGUAGUCCUGUGUGGAUGUCAGACUGGUGUUGUUGAGAACCUGGAAAGUGGAGGGUUCUUCAGUGAGAAAGUCAGCAAAGCAUGUCUCUUCUCCUCAAUCCACGAUGCAGUGCUUCACUGUCAGACAGACAGGGCCAAGAUGAACAAAGAUGACGAGGAAAUGCAAGCGACUCAUUUCUGAAUACUGAGGGUAAUGGAGGCAUCUUACUGUAUGGGACUUGGGUACUUAUUAAAAAGUUCAGAAUACUUGACAUUCAUAUUAUGUCCACAUAGUUUGACACAGAAAGAAAGUAUGAAAGAAAGAAAGUAUCAAAACGAGACACAGAUACAAACACUUCAACGAGACACACAAACCUUGACAACCCCAGAUGAAUGUUAGCCUUGUACUCCAUGCAAUGUGCCAAGGAUGUACAUUGAAACAGAAUAGUAUUAUUCUAAGACCUUCCUAUAAGCAAAUAGAUACACACCUUUGGGGAAACUUUUAUAUUGAAAUAUAUUUACAUUUUCUGUGCUAAAUAAACUAUUGUAUAUGUAUUGUUUAAAUUGUUAACAAAUAAAAAAACAUCUAAAAACAUGUUUCUCUUCAUACCUAACUUUA